AGUAUUAUCGCAAGUGCAGGGAUGGGACAGUGAUUGCAGUUACACCAGACGACUUCCGGAUGAAUAGCCCAUGUUAUGAUUAGCUGUUAACAUUUUGAAUUCAAAUGCACUACGUUAAAAGUGUAGGCUACUCGGGAGAGACAAACUGUAAAAAUGGAUGAAAAGGAUGUGGCGGCGAAAGCUGAGGGGAUUGACUGGGGAGGAGGAGGAGUUGAAGAGGGGAAUAUUAUGAAGAAGACCAAAUUAUUAUCUAUGAGUGUCCACACCGGUCUUCCUAAUCCAUUUACAGAUCCUGUGAAAUGUUCUCUGAUAAAAGGAGACUAUCUCUACUUUCAUUAUGGCUGUGAUGGACAAGAUGACAGAGGCUGGGGAUGUGGCUAUCGCACCAUUCAGACAAUGGCUUCCUGGCUUUGUCAUAACUGCUUUCCUAAGGACACACACAAACCUCCACCAAGCCUCCCAGAAAUCCAGCAAGCAUUGGUCACCAUGGAGGACAAACCAGGCUCGUUCUCGUACUCCAGGGAGUGGAUAGGAACAUUUGAAGCCUCCUUGAUUCUUGACUAUUUCUAUGAUGUCUCCUGUAGGUUGGUACAUGUUAGAAGUGGAGGGGCAGAGCUGGAGCAUGUUGCAGUGGAAGAGCUUCAUCAACACUUUGAGAAACAUGGAUCUCCGGUCAUGAUGGGAGGAGACAGGGACAACUCUUCUAAGGGGAUAUUAGGGGUGUGCACUGGGGACACGGGGAGCUACUUGCUAGUCGUUGAUCCUCACUACUAUGGCUGUCAGCUGGAGAAAAUAGCGCUGCAGAGUCGGGGGUGGGUGGCGUGGAAAAGAGUGUCAUCUCUGGAUCAGUCUUCAUUUUAUAAUCUGUGUAUGCCUCAGACUGCCAACAAAGGAAUAUAAACUAAGCGACAGACAUACAAAUGAAUUGUUAUUUGUGAGGAUGGACCAUUGAAAGUGACUUAUUAGGACAGACUGUACUGCAUUUUGAGCAUUUAUUAUUUAAAAUGAGCAGUAGUGCCACCUGGUGGACGAAAUGCAUAUUUACAACGUAUUUGAAGAACAAACUAAUGAUACAACUUGAUGAUCAAUAUCUUCAUCUCUCAAUUAAAGUUGUGUUGAAUCUCAAA